AUGUCUUUAGAUCAGCUAACUCCGCAUGCCAAGGUAGGCAAAUUCAUUUUAGAAGCCCAACUCAUGAAAAAUGAAAGGUUUGUUUUAUGGGGAGCCCAUCAUUCUGUAACUUCACAAGAAGUUUCAAUAAAAGUCUAUUCGAAAAAGUUUUUAGCUAUUGAUAAUAACAAAGAAUACUUCGAAAACGACCUUUAUUGCCUCAAGACAUUUUUCCAUCCUUUUAUAGCUAAAUACAUCACAAAACUCGAAGAUAGCAAGUUUGUAUAUAUUGUUCUCGAGCCUAUGCGAGGUGGAACAUUUAAAGAGCUCUUAGAAGCCAAGACAAGAUGGAAUGAAGCCCAAGCUCGUCCCUAUUUCGCACAGUUAUACUUUAUCAUCGAAUACAUGCAAACACAAAUGAAUAUGAUCCAUGGAAACCUGUGUUUGGACAUUCUUAUGGUCGAUGAAAAUAAUGUUAUCAGAUGCGUUGAUUUCUGGGGAACCCAACCCAAUUCAGGCAGUGCUGCUUGUGGUACACAACUUUUUGCUCCUCUACCUUUCCAGCCACCUGAAUAUCUUGUUGCUAAUUCUUAUUCUGCCGCCGCAGAUUUCUGGGACCUCGGAAUCUUUUUGUAUUACUGCGUCGUUGGCGGCUCACCAUUCCCGAUGGAUAACAAGGAAACUAUUACUGGUAUGAUUGUUGCUUAUCCAAACUUCUUAAGUCAAUCAAUCAUUGACUUAUUCAAGAAGUUAAUUACGGCUAGCCCAGCUCAUCGAUACAAUACUAGAGAUAUAAAAGAGCAUCCAUGGUUCGCAAAAACCCUUUAUCAGCUUUUGGUUCCAUUCUUAGCUCAAAAUGAUCAAUUUUCAAAUGAGGUUUUCGAUAGCAUUAAGGCAUUUGCAAACGAAGAACAAAUACAGAACGAAUUACUCAGCAACCAAGAAACAGACGGCGUAAUUAUUUACAAUAUUGCAAAAUCGGUCUACAACGCUAACCAAGUGUUCAAGGCGAUAUCUCAUAUUUCAUUCAGCCCUGGCGACGGCCGUAAGGUCAGCCUCGACUCUGAUCACUCUCUUACAAAAUCAGGUUCAUUAUCUUCGUUCGGCUCAAAGGAACAGGUGAAAGUAAAGCCAGUGGCUUUACAGCUGUCACGACCUGUUCCUAUCGCUUCUAGAAGAGGCUCAAAAGUUCUUCCAAAUUUACCGAAAAUCCAGUAG